AUGGAGGACCUCCCUCUUUCAGGUUAUACACAAUCAUACAAAUGCAACACUGUCGUCUAUGUGCUCGACAAGAUAAGAGCACUCUUGUUAGAGGACGACAUUGAAUACAUCAAGGAUGAACUAGAAAGAGUGAUAGCUUUCCUGGGAGUGGAAGAUGGUGAUGCAGACAUCAAGAUGUGGGUUAAUCAAGCCCGAGAUGUUGCAUAUGACAUUGAAGAUACCAUUGACGAGUUCAUGCUCCUUGUACCAGCUGAGCAUCAGUCUAAUAGAUUCUGCCGCAUCAUGUGGAGAUUCUUUUUCUUCGUUAGGAACUUCAAAUCACAGCAAAGGAUUGCCUCUGAAAUCCAAAGCAUUAAAUCCAAUGUGCUGCGACAUCAGAGGUGCUGUUAUCCGUGUCAUGCAUAUGAGAUAGCAAAUGACCGUAGAAGUGAUGCACUUGUAUUGGGAGAAGAUGAGAUUGUGGGAAUUGAGAAUGCCAGAAAAGAGUUAAUUAGCUUGCUUCUGAAGAAGGAUCAUACACUCAGAGUGAUUUCUGUAGUUGGGAUGGGUGGUUCGGGGAAAACCACUCUGGUGAAAAGGGUAUAUGAAGAUGCAGAACAUUAUUUCCAGAGCCAUGCCUGGAUAACAGUUUCUCAGACAUUCAAGGUUGAAGAGGUCUUAAAAGACAUGAUUCUGCAGCUGUUUUCAGAGGUGAAGCAACCCGUCCCAGAAGGAAUGAGCUCGAUGAAGGCGAACAAGCUGAAAGUGAUUGUGAAAGAGUUCCUGUUAAGGAGGAAGUAUGUUCUUGUUUUUGAUGAUGUCUGGACUACUCGAGUUUGGGAAGCUAUUAAACAUGUUUUGCCUAAAGAAAAGUAUGGCUGCCGUGUCAUCAUCUCAACGCGUCUUAUGGAUGUAGCUUCUUCUUCUAGCAUUGAUACAAAUGGCUAUAUUUAUGAGAUGAAACCUUUGUCUGAACAAGUGUCUUGGGCCCUGUUGUGUCGAAAGGCAUUUCAUUCGAGCGAAUGCCCAUCACAUUUAAGGGAAAUUUUAAAGCAAAUCUUGAAAAGAUGUGGGGGAUUGCCUCUUGCAAUUGUGGCAAUUGGUGGUGUUUUGGCAACAAAGAACAAGACUAACAUCAAUGAAUGGGGAGCCCUUUAUCACAGCUUUGGCCCUGAGUUUGAAGGCAAUGAUCAAUUCGAAAGCCUGAGAAUCAUUCUGCUUCUUAGUUUCAAUGAUCUGCCUCAAUAUCUUAAACUUUGCUUUCUGUAUUUGAGCAUCUAUCCAGAAGAUCAUUUGAUUGAGCACAAUACUCUGAUUUAUCAGUGGACAAUGCAAGGCUUUGUGAAGCAAAAAGAGGGAAGGACAGUAGAAGAAGUUGCAGAAGGCUACCUCUUUGAACUCAUAAACAGAAGCUUGAUCAUUCCUGUGAAGCUCAAUAAUGAUGGAACCAUGAAGCGUGGUCGAAUCCAUGACCUUUACCGGGAGAUCAUACUUUCGAAAUCAAGAGAUCACAAUUUUGUCACCACAGCAUGGCCUGAGAAAGCCCGGCACUUGUCAAUCCAGGGCACAUUGGGCAAUGCAGAGAUGAAAAGGCAAGGCACUAAACUUCCAAUUCGAUCUUUGCUUACAUUUAAUGUGACAGAUUCUCAGUUCUCGUCACGCGUUGUUCAAAUACUUGGCAGUUGUAGGGUGCUCAAAGUUUUGGAUUUAAGAGGCACUUGUUUAGAAAUAGUUCCCGAAGAAAUUUUUGAAUUGCUUCACUUAAGAUACCUAAGUUUGAGAAGUACAAAGGUGAAAGUGCUCCCAAGAUCAAUUAAGAAGCUCAGAAUGCUAGAGAUAUUGGAUCUCAAGUAUACAUAUGUCACUGAGCUGCCAGUUGAGAUCUUAAAGCUUCAACAUUUGAAGCACCUUCUAGUAUAUGGUGCAAUACCAUAUUCAUAUCUACCCUAUGAUUAUUCACCUGGUUUCAAGCCACCAUCAGGGAUAGGGCAAUUGAGAUAUUUGCAGAAACUUGCAUAUAUUGAGGUUAACCCUGGCAGUGGAGUAAUUGAAGAAAUAGGGAAACUGAAUGAGCUGAAGAGACUCUGCAUUCAGAAGUUGAGAACUGAAGAUUGUAAAGCCAUGUGCUCAUCCAUUGGAAAGCUCCACAAACUUCGAUCACUGAAUCUGAAAUCGAUAGGAGAAGAUGUGAUCCUAGAUGUCAAUUACCUUUCUUCGCCUCCUCCUCUUCUUCAAAACCUUUACUUGACAGGAUCCUUGAGGGAGAUGCCACAUUGGAUUAAAUCUCUUCAUAACCUCGUCAAAGUAUACUUCCGAUGGAGUAAACUCAAGGAUGAUCCACUUGAACAUCUGCAAGACUUGCCUAACCUUGUCCAUCUUGAAUUUCUUGUGGGAUAUACUGGAGAAACUCUGCACUUCAAUGCAGGGAAGUUCCGAAGCCUAAGACUGUUGAAUCUGGAUAAGUUAGAAGAGCUGAGAAAUGUGGUGAUUGGGGAGGGUGCAAUGCCACAUCUUGAGAAGCUGGUUAUUCAGAGAUGUAAUCUGCUGGCAAGAUUGCCUGCAGGAAUCGAGUGUCUCUUCAAUCUGAGAUACCUUGAGUUUUUCGAUAUGACUGAUGGUUUCAUCUCGACCUUCCUUCCAGAUAAACGAGGUGGAGAUUAUUGUAAAGUUUCACACAUUUCUGAGGUUUAUUAUACAUACUGGAAAGAUGGUUGCUGGGAGGUGAAUUCAGUAGAAAAGAAGCACGGGAGCAACACCUCUCGAGGGCCUGGAACUGCUGCUGCUAAGAUCACUGGGCGGCGCAACUCACUCUAG